AUGAAGACGAAGACUAGUGUGGUUACCCCAAUUGUUAUCAACGACUGCAAUACUGCUAGCGUCAAGAUCCAUGUGAAAGCAUUUGAACAAAAACAGUCAACAACUAUUUCAUGUCAUGAUAUCAGAUAUAGAGUGGAUGUCAAAACCAAAAUAUGUCCAAGGAACAGAAAAACAAAGGAAAUACUGAAAGGAAUUGAUUUUCAAGCUGGUAUGAAUGCUAUAUUGGAACCAACUGGCAGUGGAAAAUCUUCGCUUUUAGAUAUAUUGGCAGGACGGAAAGCACCAUUGAGAGUAAGUGGAGACCUACUAUUAAAUGGAUCACCACAUCCAGAAAAUUUUAAAUGUAUGGUUGGAUAUGUUUUGCAGGAUGAUGUUGUGAUAAGUGGAUUGACUGUGCGAGAAAACUUGGCAUUUUCAGCGGCUCUUAGAUUACGCGGUCAAAACUCAAAGGCUGAUAUACAAGAAAAGAUAGAAAAUGUUGUAAGCGAACUUGGGCUGACAAAAUGUGUUGAUACGAUGGUUGGAAACGAUUUUUUUCGAGGAAUUUCUGGCGGGGAAAGACAACGAACAAACAUUGGUAUGGAACUGAUUAUUUCACCUCCUGUCCUUUUUUUGGACGAACCAACAACCGGUCUUGAUGCGAACACAGCUCAUUCAGUUAUGCAGUUGUUAAAAAGUUUAUCCAAAAAUGGGACAACAGUUGUAUUUUCAAUUCAUCAGCCACGAUUCUCAAUUUUCAAAUUAUUUGACAGUUUAAUGUUGUUAUCCUUUGGUGAAUGUGUCUACCAUGGAGCUGCUCAUGAAUCUUUGGACUAUUUCAGAUCUAUAGGAUUUAUUAUAGAAGAGCACAACAACCCACCUGAUUUCUUUCUAGAUGUUGUUAAUGGAGCGGCAAUCAACACACUAGAUGAAAAUAUUGUGGAUGUACACCAGAAAAUUGUUUCAUCAUUCAGGAAAUCAAAAUUGAAUUCCAGAUUACAGAAUGUAAUAAAGCCUAUACUUCACCAGUACCACCAAGCAUUUGAUACGAAAACUUUGAAUAUGUCACCUAAAGUAAAAUAUGCAACGAGCUUUUUUAAACAGUUUAGAGUGAUAUCAAGCAGAACUUUAUUGAAUUUACUGAGGAAUCCCAAACUUUCAAUUUUACAUUGGAUUAUUUUAACAAUAUUUGGUCUCAUUAUUGGAGGUAUUUAUUGGAGCAUGGAUAGGGAUUGUGAAACCGGUAUACAGAACAGAGUCGGUGCUCUUUUCUUCAUUUUGCUGAACAUUGUCUUUUCAAGUUUAUCAGCUGUAGAAUUAUUUGUAAAAGAAAGACCAAUUUUUAUACAUGAAAAUUUAAGUGGAUUUUACAGAGUGUCGGCAUAUUUCUUUUCUAAGAUUAUAUGCGAUUCUUUACCAAUGAGACUGAUUCCUGUAUUUCUGUUUUCUGUGACCACACAUUUCAUGCUUGGUUUAAGAUCUGAAGAGGGGAAAUUUUUCCUGUAUGGUCUUACACUGCUCAUGGUGGCUAUGUCAGGAACCAGCAUUGCAUUUUUUUUUAGUGCAUGCGUUACGGAUUUGGGUUUGGCUAACGUGUUGAUUGCUGUUACAUAUGUCUUUAUGAUGAUAUUCGGUGGUUUGUUGGUUAAUUUAAAGUCAAUACCAGAUCGGUUACGAUGGAUCCAAUGGUUUAGUACGUUCAGAUAUGGUCUUAAUGCGUUAGAGAUAAUUGAAUUGAAAGACUUGACUUUGAAUAAUAUGACUUUUAUAAAUGGAACUACUGAUUUGUGGUAG